CAAUGCGUUGCCAGCUGAUUAUCUGUGCGCUUCUCGGAUUAUUCCUAACAUUCCACAUUAAUAUAAACGUAAAUAUAUGGAUAAUACUAGUAAAGUGGACAAUAGUGAACCAAGUUUUCAGGAUGCCGUCGUCUUUAAAUUUACAAACGUCGUCUGCGAGAGUUACAACCAAUCCUGGUUCGUGUUCCACAACUAUCGUCUGAAGGCCGUCAGUCGAAACAAAGUGCUCCUCAAUAUUAAUGGGACGGUACUUCAUCAGGUCAACAAUGCAUCACUUCGUGGCAGAAUUUUCAAAAAGGCAAACGGCUAUAAGCCUUGGCUCGUCGAUAUUUACUUGGAUGUCUGUCAGUAUAUGAGAAAGCGGAAUCAACCUAUUGUUAAUAUAGUCUAUGGGCUCUUCAAACAGUUUAGUAACUUAAACCACUCAUGCCCCUACGUGGGUCCACAGAUUGUCAAGGAUUUUUAUCUAAGACCUGAGCUACUGCGUGUUCCCAUGCCAACAGGGGAUUAUUUAUUGGCGAUUCAGUGGUACUUCGAUAAGAAGCUACAGUUUGAUACGAACGUUAGUUUUACAUUCGUGGAGGAUCUAAUGAAGAGCAAAUAGUGGGAAUCACCGUCAGACGUUCCCUGAAAAUCAACAGAUACAUAGAACAGUAGCAAAUGUGUUUUACCGAUUCGUCAAAUAUAUGUAUGGGCUAAUAUGUGUUAUUUGAUUUAUCGGUGAAGAAAUUCGUGUUAGUUAAACUA